AUUCACUAUAUCUGGUCUCCCACAGUGCACAGAACAUGGAAAUGCUAUUUUUUUUUUUAGUAAAUAUAAACUGCUAAACACUUUUGUGACUUCUAUCAGUGUUCAGCAGCGCACUGGUUAAAGCUUGUAAGAGGAGUUUUCUUUCUGCUCUAGGAGGAUGCAGAACCCCUGACCUCUGUCUGGACAAUGCUGAUUGGCCCUGUGCUAAUCACAUGCACUCUCCCAAGAAAAAAAAAAACUUCUCUAGCAAUACACACCAAAUUGAGCAUGUGCAGAGUGUCUCCACACAAUAUGUCUUAUCAGGAGAUAACAGGGGGACACUGGAAGGAGGGGAGGAGCAGAGAAGACAGGAUCAAACAGCAUUUGUACACAAUGCAGAGGACUAACCCCUUAGUUUACACAGUGAGUAUAUCAAGCAUGCUUUGCUGCAUAUACAGACUGAUUUUACUGUUGUAGGUUUAG